CCGCAGCGCCUGGCGGAGACCCGCGCAGCCCGCGCUCGCCAUGAAGCGGCCCCGGGAGCCGAUCGGCUCCGACAGCGAAUCCGAAGGACCCAUCGACGUGGGCCGAGAGGGCGAGCUGAGACAGAUGGCCCGGCCUCUGUCCACUCCCAGCCCUUCGCAGAUGCAAGCCAGGAAGAAACGCAGAGGGAUCAUAGAGAAACGGCGCCGAGACCGCAUUAACAGCAGCCUUUCUGAACUGCGGCGCUUGGUCCCUACUGCCUUUGAGAAGCAGGGCUCCUCCAAGCUGGAGAAAGCCGAGGUCCUGCAGAUGACAGUAGAUCACUUGAAGAUGCUCCACGCCACCGGCGGGACAGGAUUCUUUGAUGCCCGAGCCCUGGCAGUCGACUUCAGGAGCAUCGGUUUUCGGGAGUGCCUCACCGAGGUCAUCAGGUACCUGGGGGUCCUGGAAGGGCCCAGCAGCCGUGCGGACCCCGUGAGGAUUCGCCUUCUUUCCCACCUCAACAGCUAUGCAGCCGAGAUGGAGCCUUCACCCACGCCCGCUGGCCCCCUGGCCUUCCCUGCCUGGCCCUGGUCCUUCUUCCAUAGCUGUCCAGGGCUGCCUGCCCCAAGCAACCAGCUUGCCAUCCUCGGAAGAGUGCCCGGCCCCAUCCUCCCCAGCGCCUCCUCUCUUGCUUACCCCAUCCCAGCCUUCCGAACCACUCCCUUGCGCAGAGCCACUGGCACCAUCCUGCCAGCCCGGAGGAGUUGGCUGCCCAGUCGAGGGGCAUCUUCUACCCGGAGGGCCCGCCCUCUGGAGAGGCCAGCUGCCCCUCUGCCUGUGGCCCCCAGUGGCAGGGCUACGAGGAGCAGCCAUGUGGCCCCUCUCCUGCGGUCUUCUUCCCCUGCCCCUCCUGGUGUUGUGGGGUCUCCUGCUUAUGUGGCUGUCCCUGCCCCCAGGCCCUCUUCCCCAGGGCCAGCUGGGAGGCCAGCAGGAGCUGUGCUUUGCCACCCCUGGGUAUCUGAAAUCACUGAAAUCGGGGCUUUCUGAGCUGGCUUUGCCCGCAGGAGUGAGGAGAGUUCUUUAUCCAGGAGCUCUAAAAAUGGCGUUGCCUUUUCUGUUCUGCUUCCUGGACUGGUUCAUAUAUGAAGGUGUCUUCUUCAUCCAUCAGAGGCCCCCUCCUUCUUUGGCCCAUCUCCUCUCCUUACUGCUUGUCCCAGCUUCUCCCGGAGCUGAAUGCUGAGGCUUGGUCUCAUUUCUUCCCUGGAUAGAUGAGUCCUGGGGGAGCCCCUGAGAGCUGUGCCCAGACCCCUCUCCUGCCCCAGCACACAUGGGGCAGUAGGCAUUAAUCUCAGGUCUGGGAACAAUGCUUUCACUUAAAACACAUAAUGGCCUAAGACACGCUGCUUCCCUGGGGAUCAGACCCCAAUCAGGAGCAGUGACUGACUGGCCCACGGCGCCAGAACACAGAGUCUGUCUCGUUUCCUGAGACAGUAACUGCACAGACGUCUCCUGGGAACCUUGUCUUCCCAGCCCCCCUGUCUCCCACCCACCCCAUCGCAGUGAACCCCAGGAUAGACCUGCUGUCCACUAUGGCCAAGGCUGAAGAUUGGGAUCCCAGCAGGGCCGGUUUCUGCCCUCUUCCCAGCUGCAGACACCCACCCUCCAGCUGACCAACAGUUCCCCUCACACAGCUGGGAGGUGACAGGGUGUCCUCAUCACCAGGCUUCAGAUGGCACCCCUAGACAGGAACCAGGAUUGAGAGACAGGGAACCCAGCUCCCUGACUCUCGCAGGGUCACCGCGUCCUCCAGGCGUGUGGUCCCGUUGGAUACACAGUGCGGAGGACCAUGUUCCCACGUGAUGGCGCCCAGAGAGGAAUCCUCUUGGGAUUCAGCCCCAGACGUUUGUGCUGCCUGGUUUGCAUCCGGCUCACGGAGCCCAGACUGCUGGGACCGCCAAGGGCUGUCAGGCUGGACAAAAAUAACUGCAAGGAGGGGCAAGAGGAAGGACAGUCAGAGGCGGUUCGGCCCUUCAAGGUCACACAGUGGGUCGAGGGCCUGAGAUCCUGUUCACCCGGGAUUCCACGCAGCUGGCUCUGCUCAAAGGCCAUUCAUUACCCAGCUCCAGCCCAGGCCACUUUUCCUCUAAUGGAGGGAACAAUGGCCCAGAGACCAUUCCCAGUGGAACAACAGAGCCCGGACAAGACGGGCAGACCAGGACUGACAUACAACUGGCCCAGUGUUGCCGGAUAGUUGUUAAAAUGUAGAAACACUUCUGUGCUCAUUGACAAAUACCUGCUUUCCUUGCAUGCCUCCAAGUGCCGCCACCACAUGGCUUUCCUCCCAGGACUCCGUGCUGAUUGAGGCCCGGCAGACCCAAGGCUGUGGUGUCCUCCAGCUGGCAAUGCGUUGGUGCUUAUUCUGCACUGGUUAUUAAAUGCUUCCUAUGUCACCCCCUGGAAGAAUCUCCCACCCUCACCCUUCGAUGGAACUGCCCUCCCCAGAGGCUGAAUUGAGGAGACUCCCUGGGCUCAAAAGUAGAGUUUGCAAAAGCCCUGGGGGAAAAAGGGCCCUUUCAGAGAAGUGGGUAGAAGGGCAGAGAUCAUUUAAAUGACCCAGAAAGCUCUUUUGAGAAGGCAAAUUCCUCAAGGAGGGAUAAAGAACUAAAGUAAUCCUUUCACUCUUCACUGUGAGUUAGUUGGAUCAGAUACUGCGGUCCUCCUGGACCCAUCUGUGAUGGACGACAGUGAGGAGAGAGGCAUCAUUUCUGGGAGGGGAUCACUGGCCAGCAGUGCUCCUGAGGGAGACAGAGAUAGAGGGAGACAGAGAGGGAGGGCAGGGCAGUCAGCAGGCUCCCAGGAGUUGGGAGGGGGACAGAGGGAGGUAGCAGAAGGCGAAGACUAACUUCGCCUUUCUCACAAGGGGCGGGGGAAGAAUUUAUUCUCUCCCUCCUCCUCCCCCUCCUCCCCAACUUUCCCCUCCUCCCCCUACCUCCUCCCCCCUCCCUUCUCUCCUUCUCUCCCUCUUCCCCUCUCCUCUCGUCCCCGUCCCCCUCCUCCCCUCCUCCUCCUCCCUGGCCACCCCAGCUCACUGCUCCCAGGUCACUAGGUCAGUGCUCCGGUGCCGCAGUUUGGCCACUUCUUAGCCCAAGAAUCCAAGAUUUACUCAUGGUGGGACAGUGGGAAGCACAUUUUCAUGUUGCAAAAACCCAACUCCAAAAGAACCAUCUGACACCGUUGAAUGAGGUGGAAAUGGCCCAGAACUUCCAGCAUCUUAGUUGCUCUUGGGUUUAUUCUCCCUGGGAGAUUGUCGGGGGAAGGUGACUGUGUGUGUUGGUUUUGGUGCUUGAGGGCACAUAUCUCGGUUUUUAUGCCCAAGUCUUUCUGGUACCACUGACUCCCACCCCAUUGCUGGGGUUGUCGCAGACAUUCAAUAAAGUUUGGUUUUUUUUUUUAGCUCUUCUGGACACCUCUGCCAGGUUCUUAAAUAUCUCUGGAGUCCACCCGCUUCUCUGAACACACAGUCUUCAUCCUGAUCUGUCCACAUUCCCUCUCUCCAGAUCACUGACCUCCAAAAUGUUGACCUGCUUCCUUCUUGCUUUGCCAGUCAGUUCUCAACACAACCAGAGCUUUAAAUGUGCAGACCACAUCAUAUCAACUUUGGUUUCAGAUCCUCACUCUACUACCCUGUUGUUCUAAGGGUAAAUCCAAACUCUUCCUCUUCUGGUCCCAAGCUCACUUCCAGCCUUACUUCUUGCCAGUCCCAGUCUUGUUCCCUGGGCUUCUGCCACCAUGGCCUUCCUCCAUUUCCUCCACAUUCCAACCACAUUCCCACCUCCAGGACUUCACAUAUGCUGUUCACUUUGCCCAGAAUGCUCUUCCUCUACACCUUGAAGGCUGAGCUCUUCAUACCCUCAGGCCUUGGCUUAAAUGUCACCUCCUCAGAGAGGCCUUCCCUGAUUACUGUGCUUGAAUAGUUAAUCUAUCUCAAAGCCCCCUACUGUUUUCUUCUCAUAUGAAAUGUACCAUUGCACCUCUGUUUGUGUGUUUACCUGCUCAUUGACUGUUUCCCGCACCAGCACAUAAGCUCUGUGAGGCCAGGGACCAUGCCUGGUUUGCCCUCCACCCUGUAUCUGGUGCCAAGCAUAGUGCCUGGCUCAAAGGCAGGGUUCAAUAAAUUUUUGUUGAAUAAAUGAA